AUGAAGCAACACUUGGCCAACCUUCCCCGACUUGCCUCAGUCUCUCUGGGGGAGAAGCUAGGCAUCUACCUGGCUGCCUCCCAGCACGCAGUCAGUUCCGUCCUGGUCAAGGAAAAUUCCGGCGAACAGCUUCCAGUCUACUAUGUUAGCCACGUCCUGAACGGGCCCGAGGAACGAUACCCACCAAUUGAGAAGCUGGCACUUGCGCUCGUGCUGUCCGCCUGGAAGCUACGCCCCUACUUCCAGGCUCAUCCGGUGGAGGUCAUUACUGACCAACCGCUUCGGCAGAUCUUGUCUAAAUUUGAUAUUGCAGGACGUCUUCUCAAAUGGGCGGUGGAGCUCGGCGAGUAUGACAUACAAUACGUGCCCAGGACCGCUAUCAAAGCCCAGUCCGUGGCCGACUUCAUUGCAGAAUUAACCCAGAUCAGGGACGAAGGUCUCGAACAACCUCCCAAGGCCUGGGUCCUGCAUGUCGACGGAUCGGCCAACUCAAAAGGCGCUGGCGCGGGGCUGGUGUUGCAAGCUCCCGACGGGCGGUCGUUCGAGCGUUCCCUCCGCUUCGGGUUCCAGGCCACUAACAACGAGGCGAAAUACGAGGCGCUCCUAGCAGGACUCAGGUUGGCCCUCGAGAUGCAGGUGGUCACCAUCCGCGUCCUCACCGACUCGCAGCUGGUAGCUGAGCAACUCAGCGGGGGAUACGAGACCCGAGACCCGAGACCCGACCAUGGCGAAGUACCUGGCACAGCCCCCGAAGUCGGGCCUGAGGUCGAGGAGCUCCCUGCCCGUGCCAUCGAAGUCGCAGCGGCAACCUCGGGCGGCGCGCCUUCCACCUGGGUACAAGAAUUACUGCGCUUCAAACAGGACGGGACUCUUCCGCCCGACGAAGCGACGACUCAGUGCCUGCGUCGCACGCAUGCGUGGUAUACUGAGGUGAGUGGACGGCUCUACAAGUGGUCCUUCACAUACCCCCUCCUACGGUGCUUCGAGCCCGACGAAGCUCAGACAGUUCUGGCUGAGGUCCAUGAGGGAAUCUGCGGGGAACACAUCGGUGGGCGAACCCUGGCACACAAAAUACUUCGCCAAGGUUACUACUGGCCGACCAUGUGCCGGGAUGCGAAGGCCCACGUGCAACGGUGUAGUUCGUGCCAAGAACACGCCCACACACCCCGGCAGCCAACGGUCCCGCUCACCCCCAUCGACUGCGCAUGGCCGUUCGCGCAAUGGGGGCUGGACCUGCUCGGCCCUUUCCCCCCAGCCUCGGGACAACUAAAGUACCUCGUCGUAGGUGUGGAUUAUUUCACAAAGUGGGUCGAGGCCGAACCAUUGGCGACGAUCACGGAGCGGCAAAUAGAAAAGUUCAUAUGGAGGAACCUGGUGACUCGGUUUGGCUUGCCCAAAACCAUCAUCACCGACAAUGGGCCCCAGUUCGCCAGUAGGUGGUUCCGGGAGUUCUGCGCGAACCACGAAAUCCAGCUAAGGUUCAGCUCGGUGGCUUACCCUCAGACGAACGGGCUAGCAGAGGUAACCAAUCAGUCCAUUCUGGACGGACUCAAAAGAAGGGUAUCCGCAGCCCGAUCGGCUUGGACGGACGAGCUCCCGAGCGUCUUAUGGUCGCUACGCACCACCCCCAAGACCGCGACUGGAGAGUCCCCUUAUAGCCUCGCGUUCGGAACCUAA